AUGGGGAGGAAGAAGCGAAAAAUAAAUAUCGAACUGAAGCCCUUUUGCUACUACUGUGACAGAGAAUUCGAUGAUGAGAAGGUCCUCAUCCAGCAUCAGAAAGCGAAACAUUUUAAAUGUUUGCAAUGCAAUAGAAGACUAGACGUAGCUAGCGGGUUAGUAGUCCACAUGAUGCAGGUACAUAAAACCAAUUUAAAAACGGUACCCAAUGCUUUGCCCAAAAGAAACGAUCCAGAAGUUAUCAUAAGAGGAAUGGAUGGAGUUCCAGCUGAAAUAAUUGAAGAAAAUUUAAAUAAAUUAAAACAAAAAUUAGGAGAUAAAAAUAUUAAAAGACAACAGAGAGUAAACUGGGCACAAGUCGCCAUGGCACCUACCAUGGAACAAUUUAUGCAGCAAGCUCAGAUGGGCAAUUUCUCUUUCCCAGGAUUUAAUUCUCCAUUAUUACCAACAAGUAACUUAUUACCAAAUGGUCCCUUAGAUCCGAAGAAAAAAAACAUCCCUCCUAUGCCUUUAUUUUUACCGAACAACUUUAAUAUGAUGCAGCCACCACCUUUAGGUGCUAAUAUGUAUCCGCCAGUUAAUCAACAUAGUGGUACUAUGUCUAAUAUUCCCCCUCCUCAUUUGCCAUCCAAUAUGACCCCACCUAAGACUCCCUCGUCUGGCCCACCAGGAUUUCCACCAAACAUUCCAACACUUCCUCCUGGUUCCGCUCAGAAAUAUCCACCCAACAUAAAUUUCCCAGGAUCUGCAUUUCCACAAAAUUUAUCUCCAAAUAUGUUCCAGCCAUCACCCCAUUCGAUGUAUAUGCCACCUGGUCUUGGCCAACCACCAGUCCCUCCUUCAGCCCCACCUAUGAUGCCGCCCCUAAUUCCACCAUCUGCACCACCAGGGAUGACCCCGCACACACCUCUAAACACAACUGAUGUAGACCCAACAAAAUCGGGCACGAAAAACUCAAACAAUGAUGUUAAUAAUAAACAUGGAGAAAUAACCAACCAGGAGCAAUCCCACAGUGAAGACGCGAAUGAAAACCCGAAUGAAAGGGACUCUGUGAAAGGAUAA